UUUUGGUAUGUUUUAUCGAAAUUCCACUUGGUCUCACUACACGCGUCACGUCAAAGGUUUUUUUAUUGUUGACUAGAAAAUUGAUUAAAAAACUUAAUUUAAGAGCGAUAAUUGGUGUGCAAAAGCAUUUAAAAACUAUUCUGUAUUAAGCUAGUGGAAACAAAGCUAAAACUAAACUAAAAUGGCUGAUAAUGACGAUCUUCUCGACUACGAGGAUGAGGAGCAGACUGAGACCACUGCGGUCGAGAACCAAGAGGCGCCAAAGAAAGAUGUCAAGGGAACGUACGUCUCCAUACACAGCUCUGGCUUCCGUGAUUUUCUGCUGAAACCAGAAAUUUUGCGUGCCAUUGUCGACUGUGGGUUUGAGCAUCCAUCCGAAGUUCAGCACGAGUGCAUUCCGCAGGCUGUACUCGGCAUGGACAUUCUCUGUCAGGCCAAGUCCGGUAUGGGCAAGACGGCUGUCUUUGUGCUCGCCACACUGCAGCAGCUGGAGCCCGCAGACAACAAUACCUGUCAUGUAUUGGUCAUGUGUCACACACGCGAGCUGGCAUUCCAGAUUAGCAAGGAGUAUGAACGUUUCUCCAAGUAUAUGCCCACAGUCAAGGUGGCAGUGUUCUUUGGCGGUUUGGCCAUACAAAAGGAUGAGGAGACCCUCAAGAGCGGCACGCCCCAUAUAGUCGUUGGCACCCCAGGCCGCAUUCUGGCCCUGAUACGCAACAAGAAACUGAAUCUGAAGCACUUGAAGCAUUUUGUACUCGACGAGUGCGACAAGAUGCUGGAGCAGCUAGAUAUGCGUAGGGAUGUGCAGGAAAUUUUCCGUAGCUCACCGCACGGAAAGCAAGUGAUGAUGUUCUCUGCUACAUUGAGCAAGGACAUACGUCCCGUGUGCAAAAAGUUUAUGCAAGAUCCCAUGGAGGUGUACGUCGAUGAUGAGGCCAAGCUGACGCUGCACGGUCUGCAGCAGCAUUACGUCAAUCUCAAGGAGAACGAGAAGAACAAGAAGCUGUUCGAGCUGCUCGAUGUGCUUGAGUUUAAUCAGGUUGUUAUAUUCGUCAAGUCGGUUCAACGUUGUGUGGCCCUGUCAAUGUUGCUGACGGAGCAAAAUUUCCCAGCCAUUGGCAUCCAUCGGGGCAUGACCCAGGAGGAGCGUCUGAAUCGGUAUCAGCAAUUCAAGGAUUUCCAGAAGCGUAUUUUGGUGGCCACCAAUCUGUUUGGCCGUGGCAUGGACAUUGAGCGUGUGAACAUUGUCUUCAACUAUGACAUGCCCGAGGAUUCCGACACCUAUCUGCAUCGUGUGGCCCGUGCGGGUCGUUUCGGUACCAAGGGACUGGCCAUCACCUUCGUUUCGGAUGAUAACGAUGCCAAGAUACUUAACGAAGUACAGGAUCGUUUCGAUGUCAACAUUAGUGAGCUCCCAGAGGAGAUUGACUUGUCCACAUACAUUGAGGGACGCUAGAACUUUUAAGAGUGCAUGGGAAUUCCACGGACACCACCCAA